AUGCUUUCUGAUCCGGUUUCUUUUCCUCCCAGUUUGCCCUCCAUGUUAGCCUCCUCCCCUCUCCCUCUCCCCCGUCCGGUCUCGGUCAAUUCGCUGGCGAGAGCGUCCGUGUCGUCGACGAUUCCAUACACCAAAUCAACUCGCAGCACCAGUGCUGAGUUCGAGGUUCACGAUGGUCCCGUUACCCCUCUCUCCAACCCUGGUCAGCUGGCCUGCCAGUCUCCCAUAGAUACCGAGAUGGAGGAAGCACCGAUAAUCACGGAUGGCCCCGCAUCCUCUGAAGCGGGUCUGCGUUUUGAGGAUCUUCCCAUUGAGAUUCACGAAGCCAUUCUAGACUAUCUAUUUGGAGAACGGGCCUCGGCCUUGACGUCGGUAGGCCCCAGCAAGCCAUCUGCUCGAGGUUGGAAUAAAUCUCUUCGUCAUCCGCGGCGCAAAGCACUCUCCAAUCUUUCUUUGAUUUCGCCGGUAUGGCGAUCGUUGGUACAGGAACGGAUCUACCGACACAUCAAAAUCAAGGGCACCACCGAUGAGCUGGCUGGCGGGGCACAUUGGUUUUCCAUGCACCCUCACCUCGCCCCUCACGUUCGUCACGUUGAAAUAUGGAUUCCCGUCUGGGGCAGACGGGCAAAUAAGACCCCCCAUCACCCCUUUCCUGCCCGCCGGUACCACGAGGGCACCGUAGAAUGGGCAGAUGUGGCCGGCACCCAGACAAAUGGCGCAAUGUGGGAUGGUUUCGAGCCCAAUCGCGGAGGGGACUACAAAUAUUACUACGCCAGUCACAAUGCGACUUUGGCAGAGAUCUUCCAUCAUGUUAAGGCGUGUUUCCCCGAAGCUCGCAUUCUUACCCUGGAAGGAGGCCACUGCAAGAGACCCCCGAUGAUCCGCCAUUUUCGGGACGACCCUCCGGGGCAGUCAAGACAAGCCCUCCCCCGUCUCCCGGACAUUCAAACGUUCGUCAUGCGGGGAGCGUGGAAUAUUAUGAGAAGCCCGCAGCAUUGGCGCACCCUGUCUGACGCGCUGCCGAAUUUGCGGGAGUGGCAUUGCGCUUACGUGAAACCCAAAAUCGAAGGUUAUGACACCGUCGCUGACGUUCUACUCCGACUCCCAUCCUCCCUCGUCCACGUCAACAUCAGUCUGGAGGGGUUCUACAACAAGGACAAUUCCCAAUCCGGCUGGCUCGGCGAUGGCAUCAACCCCCCUCACCUCUGUGGCCUUCUCGGAGAAGUCGCCCCGCGACUGGAGUCACUCGCGUUCACAGGAAAAAUCUGCGCCUGUCUUUUCCAACCCGCCGCGUGCACAGACCAAUCUACGUCACUUAUUCCGUCGAAAUCGCGACUCAAAUCCCUCGACCUGGUGGUGAAAACGUGCUGUCGCGAGAAACGCAGCAGCUCCAGCCUCCCAUUCCUAGACGAGUUUUCCGGCAUCACCAACCUCAACUUCAUCCGGUCAUUCGAGAAACUCGUCAUCGGCGCCGUGCACAAUUUGCGUUUCCACCAGUCCUUGGACUACAUGCGCAUCCGGUUCAUUGAUCUCGACUCGGCCUGUCCGCCGCUCAAUCCGUAUUUCCAGCUCGUCGGCACCGAAUGCUGUGGACUGUGGAGCGCCAGUAUUCUCGAGACAUUGCACGACUCUCGACCGGAGGCGCAAUUCGUCGAACUCAAUGAUGGGAUUUAUCCACAGUAUGGACCCAACAACCAGAUCGUAGGGGCUGUGUAUCCGCGUACCAGACCAUUGAGUAUUCAUGCGUUGACAUACAAGAUCAUUGCUGAGGUGUCCAAACCAUAA